AUGUCAGCUCAAGGCUUCUGGGGACGCUUCAAUCUGAGGGACGAUGAUGGAAGGUCAUGUAUGAGAGUUGUACAGAAUGUGUAUGUAGGGUAUGAGGUGAAAGAGUUGGAACAGCAGGGAUAUUGCAGUUGCACGUUGGUGGUUGCGCCUUUGAGCAACAAGAAGCGCAACGCGGUUGUGGAUAAAGACCUAGCAGAGGAAUUUGAAGAACGUAGAACAAUAAGUGAGUUGAUCGUUCAGCUCCGGCCUGCGCCUCACGCACUUGAUCUCGACAUUAUGCACGUCGCAACCAAGACUUAUCCAUCACUGGCACCAACCGUCGCACUCCUGGACGUACGGCUACCUGGAGGCCUGAAGGCUUACGAGAUGGACAGAAUUUCCGGCACAUCUCUCAGUCGUCUGAUGCCGCGCGCACGUACCCUGGCUUCAAAAGAGCAAGCACAACUAGAGACAUUAGUCUUGAGCUUUGCCAAAUUCAUAGCACAAGGCUGGCAGUGCGCGUCGAAAGCGCAAACCUUACCAACGCCCAGAACUAUGCGAGCUGACUCGCCAAUGGAAGAUACACCAGAUAUACUCUCACAGUGUCGCGGCAAAGUCGGCUCAAGCAUCAUCUAUCGACUCGGGAAACUGGCUGCAGAGCUACCCGACGCAUACUUGAGAGAAAGAGCGGGAAGCACACUUUCAGCUAUCCAAAAGAUAACAGACUACCCCAUCAUUCUAAAUCACGGCGACCUCAUACCAUCCAACAUUCUCAUCGAUGAGGAUCGGUGGGGGAUGACUGGCCUGGUCGACUGGGCUGAAGCAGAGUUUUUGCCCUUUGGAACGUGUCUGUAUGGACUUGAGCAUUUGCUCGGGUAUUACGAACGAGAUUCUUCGAGCGCAAAAUCUGCAUGGGUUUACUUUGAGGGAGCGGCAAGGCUUCGAGAGGCGUUCUGGGAGCACUUGUUCGCAGCUGCACCGGGUCUCAAGGCACGCGAAGAUGAAGUAAGGACGAUGCGGGAUAUAGGCGUGUUGCUCUGGCAUGGUAUCGCGUGGGAUGAUGGAGCUAUUGAUCGCGUUGUUAGUGAGAUUUGCGAUCAGGAAGAGUUGGUGAAGCUUCGUGCUUUUCUGGAUGCGGAUUGA